AUGGAUGAUACCAACAUAGAUUUAUUAAAGCAAGAGAUAGAGGAGAUAGAGAGUGAUUUUGAUGAGCAAGAAUGGGGGACUGAUGAUGAUGUGCAACAAGAGAUAGAGAGUUGUGCUGUGUUGGAGAAUAAUCUUGUUGUUCAGAAAGACACUUUGAUUUCUUCGUUUCUUGAAGUUGGUGUUGGGCAGUCAAUCCAGAUUGCGAAACAAUAUUUAGAAGCAACGAACUGGGAUCUUGAAGGCGCACUUACACUGCUAUACAGUGCAGAAGCGCGUUAUCCAAACACAUCGUAUGAGCUUAUUAACUUGGGAGAGGCGAACGCUAGGGCCGAGACGGUUCUCUCUGAUGUUAGUGCAGUCGAUAAUUCUCUAGAUGAUAACCUAGCUUCCAUGUAUCCUCCCCCUAUGGAAUUGAUGUAUGAUGGACCAUUCCAUAAGGCAAAAAAAGCUGCUGAAGAUGAAGACAGGUGGUUGAUAGUAAAUGUGCAAUCUAAACAAGAAUUUAGUUCUCUUACGCUAAACUUGGAUACAUGGGCACACGAAGCUGUCUCGCAGAUUAUCGCUGCCAAUUUUAUCUUUUGGCAAGUUUAUAACGAUGUCACUGAAGGUCAGAAGAUCUCUAACUAUUAUAAAUUGACAGCUUUUCCUGCAGUCCUUGUUUUGGACCCAAUCACAGGGAAAAACGUGAAAUCAUGGACCGGAACGAUUGACGCUGUGCAACUGUUGGAGGAUUUAGCACCUUACAUGGAUGCAGGUCCUAAACAUCAUCUCAGUCGACUUUUCCCUAAACGUCCAACUGAAACUUCUCAGCAAACUACUGUUCCUGAUACUACCGAAGAAGAAGAUGAGGAGAUAUUCCAAGCAAUUCUAGCUUCAAUGCAAAACAUGACAGCUACUGUUGCUCCAGCUUGUAGUGACACUGACGAACCAGUAACUUCUUCAAACAAGAAGCUUACAUAUCCUGAUCUCCCUGAAGAGCCAAAGGUGGAGAAAACGCUUCUCUGCAGAAUCGGAGUUCGUCUACCUGAUGGGCGUAGGCUUCAGCGGAAUUUCCUUCGAACAGAUCCAGUCCAGUUGUUAUGGUCAUUCUGUAACUCCCAGCUUGAUGAAGCAGAGUCGCGGCCUUUUCAUUUGACUCAAGCCAUCCCAGGUUCAUCAAAGACUCUUGACUACGAAAGCAAGGAAACAUUCGAUGAGUCUGGAUUAUCAAACUCAAUGAUUUCAGUUACUUGGGAUUGA